UGAUAAUGACAGCAGACAUAUCCAAACUGCGCAGUCCCACGCUCUGGGACCCUACUUGCCCAUGGUAGUAGUAGAGAUUGUAGAAGACUCCCUCCAACAGACUGGACACUAUGUCGGUACUAAUGUAGCGAGCGUAGCUGCCGAACACUCCCAUGUACUCGUGAGGCUCCAGGCAGUGAGGUCCACUGCAGCGAUGACGUCUGCACAGCGAACUUUGGGCCAGAAAGUCCAGAGUCAGGUCUCCGUGAGGCCACUUUUCUACCAGUUUCUUUACAGCCAGCUGGUUGUGGGACUCCAGGGCCAGGUAGAGGAGGAAGUAGGAGAUCCCACGAGGAAGGUGGAGAGAGGCCCGGUCCAGGAGAUACGGAGAACCCAACACCACAGCAGUGCACUUCUCGUACAGUGUCCGCGA